UAGCGGUGAAUAAAUGUGCUCGUUUCUUUAUCGUAAAAGAAAGAGGAAAACUGUGAAUAUGUUUUCCCUGCAGCUCUAAAACUAAAGCUUUACUACGGACUGCUGUUCUUCAGUGCUAGACGUCCCCCUCUUUUUCAAGCCUCAUUCUCUUUCUCCCCGUAUCAGCAGCUAAUAAGCUUUCUUUUUAUGCUUUGUUUUCCACGUCUGCUCUCAGCUCCACCUGUUUCAGCUCGCACUAAACCCAUUGUUUGUUAUCUUUUAUGUUAUACAUUACUCUGCUCCAUUUUCUCUCCCCCGUCUCUCUCACGUUUCCUCACUGUAACCGUCCAGAACAACAGUUCUGUAACAUGGCUCUUCAUCAGUUGUUUUUCCACUCUCAUGGCCUCACCCAUCUGUGUGAGGCCGGGCUGUAAGUAAUUAUAUGUAAAUGACGGGGGGAAUAUAGGAAACAGCGGUGAUGGAAAGGGGUCACGCCAUGGUAUGCCUUCUCCAGCCCUUUGUAUCUGUGCGUAGGGCUGGAUUUACAUUGAGAUUACGGUGUGAACGAGCUGGAAUUAAUUUGAUGUAUGUAUGUAUGCUUUUGGCAGUGCUGGAGCCGGGUGAAGAUCAGGAAACAGCGGGCGACUCGCAACACAACGGAGAUCUGAAUCCUGGCGAUCAAACGCAGAUGACUUCCUUUGAGAUCAAUCUGAAAGAGAAGAGGUACCAAGGCGACUUCCGGCCCCUGGUGGAGGGGUGUGGCUGCUACUGCUGCAGGAACCACCAGAGGGCGUACCUGCACCACCUGCUGGUGACCAAUGAGCUGCUGGCGGGGGUCCUGCUCAUGAUCCACAACACGGCCCACUACCACGCCUUCUUCAGCGCCCUGAGAGACGCCCUGGCCGAGGAUACACUGGACCUCCUCAAGAGACGGGUCCUCGGGCAGACAGAGAGAAAGGACUGAGGCUAAUAAAUCAUAAUGAUAGGGAAGCCAUUGAUCCUGCUUUCCCUCUCAAGGAUCACUCCACUGGCUUGUCCAAUCAUUGGCUUGCUGCUGAGUCACUUCAUAUCUCGCUGAAGUCAAAAAGCAAAAAGAGGGGGAUGAAAAUAAAUCAAGACAGCCGUGUGAUGUUUGUCCCGUGGGUGUGUGUCCCGGUUCCACACCAAGAGGUGCGCUGGGUAUUGAUCGGGGAAGAUAGCCAGGAGAUGAACUCGCUGAAGAUGGAGAAGAGCUAGAUAGGAGGUAUUUGCAUAAAGAGAGAAAUGUGUGGAUGAUCGACUAUGACUGAAUAUCUGCGUGCCUCCUGUCUGAUUACAGGUCAGCACAUGACUGUCAUCCUCUGGACUCGUUGACAUGGCAGCUUAGGAAUCCACAGUUAUUAACGGAGGGGGGGAUAACCAAAAUAGAUCCAGCUUUCUCCUGUUACUAAUAGACCAUGUGUAGAGAUGUCCUUUAGGCUUUUUGUUGUGUCAUUGAUCUGUCAUUGUGCAGCAUGUGUUCAUCCUUUCACAGAUUGGCUUCAUGGCGUUUGUCAAAAUCACUUUCUAACCAUUAUGUACGAUGCCACAUUAAACGCCCGGCUCUCGACAUGCAGAUGUGGAGGUUGUUUUCUCUCACGGGGGUUUUUCCGGAGGUUAACUGAAGGUUUAAGCUGACAGCUCCGCCAAGAGUAGGGAUAAAGAUCAGGGAGGGAUACGGGUCUCUGCUGCCUCCCAUGCAGCGUUGAAGGGAGGCCUUCUGAAGGUGAGGGGAGAUAAUUGACUGCCAGACUGUGCAGAUGUCUGCCG